CUUAUUCCUUCUGUUCCUAUUAUACUGUGUUAAAACAUGGAGCGAACUUCACUGAAGAUAGUUUUCUUUGUCGCAUUAUUGCUUUCCCUCUCUUGUCUGCAGAUGUCAUGCGCUUUCCCUGAGAGAGAACACGUAGCCACCCCUCAAUCUCUGUCUAAAAGCAAUGGUGAAAACAUGAGCGAACGUGUGGUUCCCAUACAUUGUUAUCCGGUAACAAAAUCUGAUGUGGCAUUAGUAAUUAAUUUAUCUUUAUUGUUUGGUACUGUGAUGUGUGUGAUGCGUAUGGGAAGCUUCCAGCUCAUCUCCAUCUCUAUCUUCCUGCCUGAACAUGUUACCCCUAUCCCUUUGUUAUCUUUUUCUCUUCCCAAGACAACUGUUCCUGUUUCUUCUUUCUUCCGACUGUGUUCAUCGGAAAUUCUCCCCACCAAAGAACCGCCACCAAUCUCUUACUGUCUAACCUCAAAAAUCCAAGUCUGGUGUGGAGAAAUGGAAGAGAUUUUAGAACUUCCAUCGCGAUUUUUAACCGAAGUGGUCAGUUCAACGGUGAGAAGCCACCUGAAGAUGGUCCUUUGGUGUCUUGGAGCUUUGAAAGUCGGAAAACUUGAGCGAGACCUGGACAUGGUGUGA